AGAUAGAGAGUGGCGAUGGCUAUUCGGAGGCGAUCUUCACAGCCACAACAGAUGGAGCUCCAAUGAUAGCAGUUCAAGCUUGGAUGGUGCUCUCGGACUUCCCCUGGUCUUCGAUCUGCAGCAGAGAAGCUGAACCGACAACACAUCCAAGCAUCGGCGAUGGGUUCUUCUUCUCUUCUUCCUCCUCGGGCUUCUACUGUUUACAUAUGAGGACGACAUGCAUGUACAGAGUGAUCAUCAUCUACUGUUGGAACUUUACAUCAGCUACUGCCUACUGCCUUUUGAACAUUAUAUAUGGCUCUUAUUCAGCUUUCUCAUGGAACCCACACUUCUUUGAAAGCAACUCAUCUCCAGAUGGCAAAUGAAGGUGAAAAUCAUGGAGCAGACCAACCUAUGAAUGUCUUAGGUGUUCUUAAUCCUUCCAGAGUGAAUGGAUCAUUGUGGUUCAAACGUGAUUCCGUAAUCACUAGUGAGAUAAGAACAAUCAUCCGAUCUGAUUUUCCUGGCCCGUAUCGAAACUGGUCAACUACACCGCAACAUGUGAAAGAGCGAUGGUGGUUCACAUUCAAG